GCCUGCUCCGUUCUAGAUGCCUUCGAUACUCGCGACUCGAUCACAAGGGACAUGGAGCGAAACUCUCGCCGAGGUCGCACACAGAAAACCCUAACUGGACCUCUGAGACAGGAGUCGGCUGCUUCGACAAGGCCAGCGAGGCCAGCCUCACUCUCCUCUUCCAUGAUACACAGACCCCCAGUGUUUCGUGCCCUGGCCCCCCUCGGCUAGCCCCUCGCUCGCCGCCUCCCUCAACAACAACAACAACUACUCCUAAUUACAGCCCUGGUCAUUCUCGAUCCGUCCCAGAUUCUCAGUCUGCCCCACCGGGCCACUGCCAACUCUUCCGUCUUUGGUGCUGGUUGUCGUCAGCCUGUCAGUCCAUCAAAUACCGUCACUCCUUUUCUGCCCUAUAUCUGCCUUCACGCCCCGGUCGGUGCCGACAAUGUCUCUUCCUGUCAACACCAAGCCCCAAGGCCAACCCUCGAUACGCUCCUUCUUCGCCCCGAAGGGUCCCUCAUACGUUGCACCUCCCUCCUCGACAACAAUCACGAGCAACACAACGGCGCCGCCGAGGCCAACAACCAGCAACACCGCCCAGACACACGCCGUGCCGCCUCCAGCACCACACACUUUUCUGACAAGGCGGCCGGCCUCGCUCCAUCCUCAGGCCUCGAUCCUGCCCAUCGAGCCUGAGCACAUCCCCGCGCUGCGCCGCGUAACCUCUCUGAUCCUGCCGAUCAACUACCCCGACUCGUUCUACGCUCAGCUCUCGAACCCCGCGACCUCGGGCGCCUUCAGUCGCGUGAUCCUCUGGACGGAGCCAAACUCGACCCCUAAAGUCAUCGGCGGCCUUGUUUGCCGCCCCGAGGCUUUACCCUUCCGAACACCCGCAGGCAACCAGGUCAGCGGCUUAUAUAUCCAGUCGCUCGUCCUCCUGUCGCCGUACCGCUCCCUUGGCCUAGCAGCAGCCUGCCUGGAAGACGUCGUCGCCAGCGUCAUUGCGUCGACGAAUAACCCCUCGUCGUCUUGGAAGUGCGAAACUGUCUGGGCGCACGUCUGGGUCCAGAACGACGAAGGCCUAGGCUGGUAUCAGCGCCGCGGAUUCAGCAUCGCCGGCGAGAUCAAGAACUACUACUUCAAGCUGCAGCCCGGUCACGCCUACGUGGUCGAGCGGCCGAUCAUUAUAGACAGACAGCCCAGCGCCGCAGCGGCCAUGAGCUACGGCAACGACAACGACAACAACCACAUUAUAAGCAGCAACGCCAAGAGCAUACCACCCAGCACCACCGCGAUGGCUGCGAACCUCCCCAUGUACGCCAUGCCGCCAGCGGGCGCGGCGCAAAAGCCAACAUCCAUCCCGCCGCCGCCGCCGCCGUCGUCAUCAUCACAUAGUAACGGCACCACACGCCCUCCACCACCUCCAUCAAGUGCAGCAUCGCUAUCCUCCACAGCCCAAUCCCUCGCACCACCCCCGCAAACCCCGACGGGCACGUCGUUCCAGAACCUUAGGCCUGAGACAGAGUGGAACGACCUGCCGCCCGAUAUGCAGGUUCCCGCGUCGGCAAACGGCGGCUCCCGCAGCGGCGCGAGCUCACGGAGCAGUUCUUCGGUCGCGGCCUCUCGGAAGAAGAGGGACCGCGCGUAUCCUGCUGCCGCGUUUGGGGGAAAAUAAGACGCACCGGUAUUAAUCUUGUCAAGUACAAGUAGAUUGGACACUUGAAGUGUCGGGGGUUAGAACGCCGGCCAUCAUUUAGCAUAAUCGGGGCUCUACUUAGACUAUUCAAAAAAGGGGGGCGCCAGUUCUUCGUGAUUUCUCAACAGGAGCAUCGUCCUUGCUGCAUGCCUGUUGCCGAUCCGGCACUCGCUGAAUAUAAGACUAAGAUGCAUCAAUGCCGCUACCGAUCUGUGCAAAUAAGUUUGCUGCUUCAAA